AUCUCGUCCGAAGCAACCAUUCCCACGCAGAAUCACCCACAUCCGCACAACCCACCUCCUCACCCCAUCCGCCUCUACAGUCUUAACUUCGGUAGCAGAAACGUUUUGUUCGGGCCCAGUCACACUCCCACUGUUUCCCUAGCUUCAAUCCAUACAAAUGUCCUCGUCAGCUAUCCAAUUAGCCAACCCUAAGGCCGAGGUGGCUCGUCAGGGUCAAGCACUGGGGAUUAACAUCACCGCUGCUGCUGGUUUGCAAGAUGUUCUGAGAUCGAAUUUGGGACCUAAGGGGACGCAGAAAAUGCUUGUUGGCGGUGCUGGAGAUAUCAAGCUCACGAAAGACGGAAAGGUUCUCCUCACCGAAAUGCAAAUCCAAAACCCAACGGCUGCCAUGAUUGCCCGCGCAGCGACAGCACAGGACGAAGUGACUGGAGACGGAACAACGUCCAACGUGCUCCUGAUUGCGGAACUGUUGAAGCAGGCAGAGAGGUUUAUUGGGGAGGGUCUUCACCCUCGUGUUAUCACGGAAGGGUUUGACAUUGCCAAGAAGGAGGCCUUGGAGUUCCUGGAGAAGUUCAAGGUUAAGGUGGACAUGGACCGGGAAACAUUAUUCAGCGUCGCACGCACAUCGCUCCGCACAAAAGUCCGUCAGGAAGUCGCAGACGCCUUGAUGGAGGCCGUCGUCGACGCCGUUCUGUGUAUUUACCGUGAGGGCAAGCCAAUCGACUUGCACAUGGUGGAAAUCAUGAAGAUGCAGCACAAAAACGACACCGAUACCCGCCUUGUCCGCGGUCUUGUCAUGGACCAUGGCGCACGCCACCCCGAUAUGCCUAAGCGUGUUGAGGAUGCCUAUGUAUUGACCCUCAACGUCUCCCUGGAAUACGAGAAGAGCGAGAUCAACUCUGGUUUCUUCUACAGCAGUGCCGAACAGCGCGAGAAGCUCGUCGAGUCUGAAAGGCGAUUCGUUGACGCGAAGCUCGCCAAGAUUGUCGAGUUCAAGAAAUCGGUCUGCGAUGGAAAUAAGAAGGGCUUUGUAAUCCUGAACCAAAAGGGUAUCGACCCUCUUUCCCUGGAUGUGCUGGCAAAGAACGGUAUCAUGGCUCUCAGGAGAGCUAAGAGGAGAAACAUGGAGAGGCUGCAAUUGUGCUGUGGAGGAGUUGCCCAGAACUCAGUGGAGGACCUGACACCAGACAUCCUAGGCCACGCUGGUCUCGUCUACGAGCACGUCCUCGGCGAGGAAAAGUUCACCUUCGUCGAAGACGUCAAAAACCCCCAAUCCGUCACCAUCCUCGUCACCGGCCCCAACGCCCACACGAUCGUCCAGAUCAACGACGCCAUUCGGGACGGUCUCCGCGCAGUCAAGAACGCCAUCGAGGACGAGUACCUCGUCCCCGGCGCCGCGGCCUUCCAAGUAGCGCUCCACGCCCACCUGCUCAAAUUCAAGGACUCAGUCAAGGGACGGCCCAAGAUGGGUGUGCAGGCGUUUGCGGAGGCUAUGUUGAUCAUCCCCAAGGUGCUUGCUCAGAACGGAGGCUUUGAUGUCCAGGAUGUCCUUGUGGCCCUGCAGGAGGAGCACACUGCUGGUCACGUUGUUGGGCUGGACCUUGUUACGGGAGAGACUCUGGACCCUGUUGCGGAGGGUAUUUGGGACAACUACCGUGUGCAUAGGCAUAUGUUGCACUCUUGCGCCGUGAUCGCCUCGAACUUCCUCCUCGUCGACGAGAUGAUGCGCGCCGGACGAUCCAGCUUGAGGCAAAGCAACGCGGAGUAGACCACUCAACGGAAUCCCGGACCCAUUUACGCCCCGAAGAAACCCCCUAACACAACCUGUUGUGAAUAAUAUGUAUAGGAACUCCCCCUUGUAAACCGUGUCCCGAGCAGAGCUGUAUAUGUAUGAUAGCGAGCAACUGAGUGCUCUGUUUAUUUGUGAUUCUGUGAGAGGCGGUGAGGAUGAGUAUGAUGCCUGAAUAUGGCUUGUGAGACAUGAAUUACCGUCAGAAUGGGG